GGAGAGCAGGUUGAGAAAGGUUCCUCAGACGUGAAGGGGAAAGCACUGGGAGCCAACUUCAUGGCACCAUGGAUGGGUGUGCUGCAUAAGAGGGGAGCAAGAAGAAUGACAGGUUAUUCAUCAGAAAAAAAUGAAACAACCACAUCAAUGAUUCAUGCAACCCAGUCAGCUCCAUCAGAAAAAGACAGAUUUCUUCCAUUAUCGACAGCAAUCACACAUCAUGGUCUCUGUACUAACAACAGCCUCACAUUACCAGUGAGUAAUCAAGCAUCAUCAACUGUUUCACAGAACACAUCUACAAGGAGAUUUCUGGAAGCUUUCCACAAAGGGAAUGCUGCAAGCAGCAAAACCACCGAUGAACUACUGUGGAAUUCUACAUCUCCAACGAUCUCCCCGCCAGCUACUAAAAAUAUUGCAAAGACCCCCCUGGAGAACAACAAAGUAAUUUUGAUGAUUGUGCUUCCAAUUCUGGGUCUUGCUUUGGUUGGUUUAGUGAUAGCCUUCCUGAUAAAUCAUACUCAUGAGAAAAAACAACCUCUUAAUCAUGAGAUUAACAGUGAAAAUCCAGCCAGCCCAAUUUUUGAGGAUGAUGUCGCCUCAGUGAUGGAAGUUGAAAUGGAUGAACUUGACAGAUGGAUGGGCAACAUGAGGAAGAUAUCUCCACAAGACAGUUUACCAGACAUCAGUGAAGAAAAAGACCUGAAAUCCAAAUCAAGGGACCCGGAAUUAUGAAAUCUUGCUGUGGUUCAACGAGCACCCGAGCUACAAAUCUUCUCACAAACUUUGAAUUAUGAAACCUUUUUUCAAGUUUUGACAAAGACUGAUUCCUAUCUUUGAAUGGAGACAUUCAUUUGCACAACAGCGUAUCUGUGAUGGCUUUAUUUCUUCUUUUAGAUAUGUUUGUUUAUGGAUUGAUAUUUCAUGAAUGUUUUAAACAGGAAGUAUUUGUUUUUAGUUUGUUAACCAGAUUUUUAAAGGCAAAAAGGUUAGAACUGCAGAGGCUAAAAAUCUGAAAUUUAAAAAAUAAACAAAAUGAUGGAAAUGUACGGCAAGUCUGUAAAAAUUUAGAAGAGUAAAUUGGUGAAGGCACCUGAUCUGAAAUGGUAACUUCCCUGCUGCUGGCAAAAUUACUUAUUCCAAGAUUUUUCUGUUUCUUUUAUUGUACAUGUAGCUGUUUUAUGAAAUAGAUUUUGCUGAUUUUUAGUGAUUCCUACAGAAAUGUAUUUGAUUUACCGAACCUACUAAGAUUCUGUUUUUAAAAAAAUGUAACUUGCUCAGCAAGGUUAAAGUUGAUGUAGGACAAACAUGAGACAAAUAUUAGAUGGAGAGGAAUAAACAAUACACAAGCAGGUAUUGCAUUUCUCACUUGUUAAUGCAGCACAAUUUUGUCUAAAAAUGUAGAGGCAGGAUGGAAUUUUGGAAGUAAAUAAUAUUUCUAA